AUGUCAGCCUCAGGUAUUGGUAAAAAAUGCGCUUGCUGCGGUUUACCAGAGAAAAAAUUAGUGGGACCCAAACAAACUGUUGACACAGAUGAUGAAGCUUAUACUUUGUCCGAUUAUUUGGCUGUGACACUUGUAAUGGGAGACAUACUUUGUCAGAAAUGCAGUGGUUCUGCCCGCUUCGCCAAAGCAAAACGCAGAAAAAUCGAUCAACCACAAAAUGUAAAUACUUUGCAAAUCGACAGUCAAGGGUCAACAUCUUCUUCAGAGACAUUAUCGCAACCACAUAAUGAUACAGUUUAUGUUCCACCAAAGAAAAAAGUUAUUGAAAAAGCAAAAGAUACUAUUGAGUUACCUUUAAAAAGAGUAGUUUCUACUCAUGAUUACUGUUGUUUAUGCAAAAGCAAAACAAAUAUUGUUAUUGUUCCUUUCGAUGCAAGAAAACAAGCUUUUGUUGAAAGAGAUAUAUUCAUACCAGAGGGUAAUAGAUGUUGCCGAAAACACUUAAUAAAGAAAAGAUUUUAUUCAGAUGAGUUAAUUAAUUUAAAAGUAGUUUCUAAUUCAACUACCACAACAGCUGCAGAUAUAACAAAACUAUUUAAAUCUUUGAGUUUAACUUCCGACAGAGAAUUACACGAUAGAAUCGGAGAUUUUUCAAUCUCUGAAGAGAGGAUUCGUACGUUUACUGGAUUGAAUUGGGAACAACUAAUAAAAUUGCGAGAAAUGAUGGUUUCGUUGAGGAAUACCGACAAUCGGACUGUUACGCAAGCUGUUGUUGUUUUUUUGUUCAGAUUACGAACAGGAAACUCAAAUGAGAUAAUCUGUUCUGUUCUCGGCCUUGAUCGUCAUCAGCAAGUCUCUGAAUUUUCAAAGUCUGUGUUAAGUGCCUUUGAAAAAGAUGUAUUGCCUUCACGCUUUGGUUUACAAGCCGUCAAUCGAGAGAACUUGAUUGCUAAUAAUUCAACGAUUCUCCUUCAGAAGUUUCAUGGCAUAAGUGAUAAUAAUCUUUCGUUAGUUGGCGAUGGCACUUAUUUGAAGCACCAAAAAAGUUCCAAUAACGAAUACCAACGAAGAUCUUUUUCUGGACAUAAGAAAGUUCCUCUAUGCAAGCCCUUUACUCUGUGCACUACAACUGGUUUUAUUGUUGAUGUACUGGGGCCGUUUUAUGCUAAAGAAAACGAUUCUAUGAUUUUGGAAAAAAUUUUGAAGGCCCACGAUAACAAUUUAAAGAAUUUGAUGUGCAAAGAGGGUGAUGUUUUUAUUCUUGAUCGAGGGUUUCGCGAUAUAAAAUCAAAAUUAGAAAAUGAUGGUUAUCGGGUCCUCAUGCCAGCCUUAAAAGAUAAAAAUCAGAAACAAUUGUCAGCGGAAGAUGCAAACAAAUCUCGACUUGUUACCAUACUUCGUUGGGUGGUGGAAGCGGUACACGGAGCUGUAGCUCAGAAGUAUAAGUUUUUCCAUAAGCAAUUAGAUAAUCGUUACCUGACUGAAGCUGGUCUUUACUGCAGAAUUGUUUGCUUUUUAAUUAAUCAAUUCGGAAAACGAAUCGUGUCAAGGGCUUCGACCGAUAAUGAGAUACUCAAUUACAUUCUUUCAAGAAAUUCCAAUGAAAAUAGUUUAGCAACGGAAGUGAUAUCAGGAAAAUAUAGUCGAAGAAAGAGUUUAUUCAAAACGUUAAGGUCAGAUGAGCUAGAAGAUUUUCCUGAAAUGACGGAACAGGAUCUAGUCAAACUAUUCACUGGAACUUACCAACUCAAACAAGCAAUAUCCUAUUUAGCUGAAAUGAUGGGCGACACGUAUGAAAUAAAUGUAAGUUACUACCGUGAAUCUGCUGAUCUAAUCAAGUUACAAGUGAGAUCUAGACAUAUCGAAAGUAAACAAUACAACUGCUAUAUUCACUACAAACCAAAUACCAUUGGCUGUGCUGGUAUACUGCGUUUUUGCUGUGAGUGUGCUAACGGUAUGAGAACAAUUGGAUGCUGUUCUCACGUGGCUGCCGUUAUUUAUUAUUUAGCGCACGCCAGAUUCCAAUCUUCCAUUGUAAAACCUGCCCAACAUCUAACAAAGAUUUAUGAACAAGAUCAUGUGGUGGCUGUUAUUGAAGCAGAUAGUGAUGACGAUUGA